UUUUGCCCUCUCCGGCCGCCGUAGUUUCCGCUGCAGCUGUGUCAGCGCUAAAUAAAGACAGUAAUAAGGAGAAUAAAGCGCGCUGAAGUGCGGGGUCUCGCGCACAACCCGCAUUAAUAAACCCGCACACUGUGUCAUGCUCGUGAGUAAUGAGAUUCAUCGCGGUGUCAGUGUGUGUUAGGUGUGUGUUGAGUGUGUGUUAGGUGUGUGUGUGUGUGUGUUGAAGCUGACAGGCCGUUGCGGGAACAUUAACACAGAACAGGAACAUCACUGAACACCUCCAGGUUCCUCUGUGUGAGAGGUGUGGUCAUGGCUGCGUGUGGCUCCGACACGGUGCACUACAUCCGUCUGCAGAACGCUAGUGAGUGUGUGUUAGAGUCUCUGCGGUCUCAGCGGCGUGACGGCGUGUUCUGUGACGUGACGGUGCGGAUCCAGGACGCGUCUCUGCGUGCUCACGCCUGCGUGCUGGCAGCCGGAAGCCCGUUCUUCCAGGACAAACUGCUGCUGGGCCACUCGGAGAUCAGCGUUCCGCCCCUGGUGCCGGCCGACGCCGUGCUGCAGCUGGUGGAUUUCCUGUACAGUGGCUCCAUGGUGCUGCUGCGCUCGCAGGCCCUACGCAUGCUCACCGCCGCCAGCAUCCUGCAGAUCAAGAGCGUCAUCGACGAGUGCACGCAGAUCAUCUCUGCCUCCGCCAACCACAAACAGGCUGCCGCCGCCGCCGCCGCUGCCGCCGCCAAGGCCCGGGGCUCGCAGGAGGGUGGGGCAGUGGGAGGUGCCAUGACUGGGUUUGGAUACACCAUGGAGGAGUGUGGUGAAGUCACGUCAGAAAGCACAGAGCAGCCGAGUACACACUUCAUCUCACAUCAAGCAGGACUGCAGACAGGGGCGGGGCAGGGGGAGGCGGCCUCUCUGGAAGCCGGUGGAGUCCCCAGGAUGAUGCCUCCUCUCAGUGACCUGAUGUGCAGAGGGGAGGGGCUUGGUGCAUCAGGGGGCGGGGCCUCUCUGAAGCCUGUAAGCUGUCCUCAGGAGAUCCAGAGUUACAUGCUGAACCAGAAUGCUGAGAGAAACACUGCACAGAACCAGAGCCAGAAUCGGGCAGAGUCAGGCCACGCCCCCAUCAACAACCCCACUCCAUUGGGGAGGGGUAGCAGUGGGGCAGGGUUUGUGGGCGUGGCUGAGGAGCUACCUGUGGGGAUGGAGAGGUUCAGCGAGGGGGAGGACUUAGAGGACAGAGGGAGAGACGGAGAGAGAGACAGGGGGGCGGGACAUAGCCGCAAACAGAGACAACCGCUACGGUUACAGGUAAUGGGGCCAGAGCAGGUGGUGGUGAAGGAUGAGGAGAACCUACAAGAAGGAGAAAGCCUGUUCCAACUGGACGAGCAACAGGACACCACACACACACAAUCACACACACAAACCUAUAGCCAGGCAGGGUUUUAUGAAGAGCAGAAUGUGUAUGCUGGAGGUUUUUGGCCACAGACUGAUGCAUCUCAGGCUUUGGUGUCAAACCCCCGUUCCCGUGGCAACAAACCACUGUCCCCACCCACUUCUUCUCACAUCAACAAUCAGAUGCUCUUUCAGUAUCCUGUCAGCGAAUCACAGCCAUCCUCCUUCUUUGUGGGAGGAGCUAUGACAAUGGACAGCAUGCCAGAGACAUGCCAGCAGGCCCCGCCCCCACCCCCGCUGACCCCGGCCCCUCCCCCUCCUGCCCCGCCUUGUGUCGCAGGUCCAAGUUUUACGGCUCAGGGAUCAGAGACGUCGUUCGACUGCAGCCACUGUGGCAAAUCGUUGCGAUCACGCAAGAACUACAGCAAGCACAUGUUUAUACACUCCGGUCAGAAGCCCCACCAGUGCAGUAUCUGCUGGCGUUCCUUCUCCCUGCGUGACUACCUGCUGAAGCACAUGGUGGUACACACGGGUGUGCGCGCGUUCCAGUGCAGCGUGUGCAGUAAACGCUUCACUCAGAAGAGCUCCCUCAACGUGCACAUGCGCACUCACCGCGUCGAGCGCAACUUCUCCUGCACCGUGUGUAACCGCGCCUUCACACACCGCACACUGCUUGAACGCCACGCCCUCCAGCACCAGCACCCUGCCCCGCCCAUUAAACCCCCAACCAACCACGGAGCCAUGGGCGGAGCGGGUGGGGCUGGGCCUGGGUCCGCCCCCUAGUGACCUGACUGAGAACUCGGGGUGGACACCGCUAAUAAUAAUUAUCUUCAUAAUACAUGACGUUAAAUAAUUACAGAAUGAUGAUUAUUAUUAUUUUGUAAUAUUAUUAGUAAGACCUUUUAGUAUUUACAUUCAUUCACUCAAUAGUUCGUAGACCACAGGGGGCGUGUCUUUAAGUCCGUAUAAGGACAUAGCUAGCUAAGAUGACAUGAUUUCUAAGAGGAAUAUAAAAUGAUACUCAAAUGUUAAUUUUCUUUACUGUUGAUGCAUGCUAACUAGCUACCUUCAGCUAAACUGACUUGAUCUUUGAUAUAUUUUAAUAAUUUUUAUUGUAAAUUUUAGCUAUCUAGCUAACGCAAGCUAAUCUGACACAGUUUCUGACAAGUAUUUUAAGUAAUAUUUAUAAAUGUUUAUAGCCUUCCUAACCAAAGUUAGCUAAUAUUAGGCUAGCUCCCACAAACCUGACAGGAUUCCUAAGAAGAUAUCUAAAAGCUGUUCAUAAACAUUGACGAUCUAUAGAACUAAAGUUAGCUCAUGUUUAGCUAGGCUAACCUGACAGGCUUUAUCUUAAUGUUAACAUGAAUAAUCUAUUCUAGCUCUGGCUAGCUGAAAUACGCUAACCUCAAGUCACUCUAAUCCAUGUGCUAACCUUCACUGCUAGCUAGUUUGGUAAUGUUAGCAUAAAUGUGGUCACAGGUAGCUAGCUAGCUAGCUGGCUAACACAAGAGAAACAGACAGGAUCUGUGAGAGAAUCUCGUCUCUGAGUAUAGAAUCAUAAAUCUUUAAAAUCGUGUGGGCUCUAAGACACGCCAAAUAUUUACCAAUAUAAAUUAACAUAUAAAUAAAUAUAAAAAUAAAAAUUGAUCUAAAUGUGGUGUAGUUUUAAUGAAUCAAAGAUUCUGCAGCCUGAACACUUGAAAGUCCAGUGUAUGUGUCACGUCCACCCCGAGUGUAUGUGUCACGUCCACCCCGAGUGUGUAGAGAGAUUAACAGAGUGAGAAUAUGAUUUAUAAUCAGAUUUUCAUUCAGGACACACACACACACACACACACACACAGUGUGUUCUGAUGGUCAGCUGUAGGAUGUGUUCUGUAACACUCAGUGUCCUGUAGCUAAAGUUUUGGCACAGUGGCUCAGUGACCACACCCUCAGUGACCCCACCCUCUUUAUAUCUCAGAUCAUCCUGCUCCUCGGUUCUGGAGACUCCUUCUGUAACUGUGUCGCUACACAAUGCUGUACACUUCUGGUGUUGUGUCCUGAUUAGAGAGGUGUGUGUGUGUGUGUGUAGCUUUUUCUCCCUUCCUGUCUGAUCAUAACACUUCUUGUUAAUGUCAUUAGCUAAUUCACAGACAGGUUUCUUCAGUAACCACAACAACCACAUGCACUUUAAGUCACAUGCUCUCUUUACCUGGACACUCUGUAGGCAGCCUACUGAGGGCACUGGGUUUGGAGACCAGUUUUAUAAAAGUUUAUCUGAUCUAACUGUAGGUCUGAUAAUCGCACAAACCGCCAUCAGACAUUACUGAUGUUUAUUACUGGUGUGUAUCAGAACACACCUCUGUCACACACACACACACACACACACACACACAUCUUUACAGGGAAUGAGGGAGUGUGUGUGUCUUACACACAUGUACACACACACACACACACACACACACACACACCAUGACACAUUGUGGUGCCAUAUACAUAAAGAGCAGCUUCAUUAACCAGAGAACCUCACACACACACACACACACACACACUCUACAUAAGCACUAAUGUAUUCGUGCAGUACUCAUACGGGAUUUUUAUAAAUAUAUAUUUUAAGGUUGUUUAUUUUCAUUUUUUUGGUAAUGUUUGUUGUGUAUUUGAAUCUGACCUCGUGUUCCAUUAUGGUUUUUAACAUUCCCUCGUCCACUUCCCCUCCGAAGUGCACACUCCACCCAAGGAGCAAGAACAAUGUACAGCUAUAUCUAACACCGCUAACAUUAGCUUAGCUAGCUUAGCAUUUGCAGGUUAGCUCAUUGUAGCCACAGAGUCCCACUGUCUCUCGCAUGAAGCUUCUUCAUCAUCACUCUCUCAUCAUGUGAUCUGUAUUUAGUGACAUCAUAUAUUAGCUCACAUGUAGCUCCGCCCUCGAAUUGGUUUUAUACAUUUUUACAGAGAAAGCCAGUUUAAAAUAGAAAAACAUGAGUUUAUCAAAAUAAAAAAAGUUCUGAUGUUUAGAGACUAGCUAGCUCCUUGAUUCGUUCUCCUCAGAGGAACGUUCCCUGUCGCUCUGCUCAUUAGCUUAGAGCUAGCUGGUUGUUGAAUUUGUGUACUACUAUAGUUUAUACCUAUUAGCUAGCUAGGUCUUUAUGAUUAGCUGGCAUAUACCAUUGCUAGUUCUUCAGUGGAACAGAUAACUAGCUAAUUUAUUAAGAGUUUAAAUCUGUUCCUCUUGGUUUGAAUGAUUGUAAUUGUUCUAAACAGGUGACGUCUCAUCGGUGUAGGAGAUCAUGUGGGUGAUUUCAGCCAAUAGAAUGGUGUCUGUGCCUUCAGGGGGGGCAGACACGCCCUUCACACUGGAGUGCUACCUCGCUAGCAUGCUAACUAGCUUGAUUGCUAACUAAUGAAAUACCAUAAUAAUGUAGUUGAACCAUUUUCUGUGGUGAUUUUUAGAAUUUACUAUCGUUUAAACUAUGAACUUUGUCGUUAUAACUAGCUUGCUAACUAGCUGUCCUUUGUUGCUGGCAUGCUAGUGGAGUAAAUUAGCGCAGUGUCAUCAGCUGCCACAAACAUAGACAAUCAAAUGUUCAUUCUCAAAAUGGAAUUGAAUUGAGCAUGCUCAUGUUUAUGAAAAGCUACAUCCGCCAUCUUGGGAAGGAAGGCCCCUUCCUCCUCUUCCCUACUUCCUGUUAGGAGCACCAGAGUGCAUCAUGGGUAUUUGGCCUGGUUAGAAACUUGUCCAUUAGUGCGCUACUUUUCUCAUGACCUCAAAACUCACUAAGUAGUGCACUAAAUAGUGAAUAGGGUUAUGGGAUUAGGGCGGUACCUGGCAGUGCAUUCUGGGUAACGUGUCCAAUGUGAACAGAGCAGCCCUUAAGAUGGUGGAGGACAGUAAGGGGCAGUGAAUGAGGGAGUGUUAAAGCCCUGAUUUGGGACGAGGCCGGUGUUUUACUCCUCUCAUGUGAAACCGUACAGACCUCAGGAAAACCACGACAACCUCCACAGAGAACACUUUUAUACGUCCGAGUCUUUUUCAGCGCAGAACGUUAACGCCUUUAUAACUUUUAAUAAUGGUGUGCUCAUGAAUAUUAAUGAGGAUGGUAUUUUUAUGGGCGAGGGUUUUCGAGUUUAGAGUCUUAAUGUCGCUUUAAUUACAUGCAAAGAAAAAAAACUGUAACGCUUCUUCUUGUGUUUGUGUUUAUGAUCGCAACAUGAAUGUGCAAAUCUUUUUUAUUCUAAAAUGUUGUAUUGAGAUUAUUAAAGGCUUCAGUCUCAGUUACGCAGCAGCAGCAUGCCUCCAGUGUAAACCUGCAUGGAACCUCAUUAAAGAUUAUUAACCAGGACUGUGGUGUCUGGUCU